UAAAACACUUGUUUCUUUUCUUAUCGUUUUGCUAUCACUGUAUCAAAGUUCACUUGUCUCUUAGCUAUUUUUGCCGGUGUUAACCAUUAUCGCUCACUUUAUCAUUUAGUAGCGGAUAAAGGCGGCAGCUUACUGCAAUCAAAUAAAAAAAUAUGGCUUCAAUGGGUGUCGUUUCUAGAAUCUUCUUAGGAAAGAAUGUAAUCAACAAAAGCAGAGUUGCUGUCGUAUCCAAUACCGGCAUCAAGUUCUAUAGCGCAGCGCCUGCGUACGAAAAUAUUAAGAUAGAUGUUGUCGGCGCGAAAAAAAAUGUUGGGCUUAUACAGUUGCACCGGCCGAAGGCACUCAACGCUCUCUGCAAACCACUGUUUGUUGAGCUUGGAAAAGCUGUUAAUGACUUUGAUGCAGACAACAACAUUGCAGCCAUUAUAAUCACUGGAAAUGAGAAAGCUUUCGCCGCUGGUGCGGACAUCAAGGAAAUGCAAAACAACACCUACAGUCACAACACGAAAGAAGGAUUCUUGCGUGAGUGGGAGGAUAUCUCGAACUGCGGAAAACCUAUUAUUGCCGCCGUCAAUGGAUUUGCUUUAGGUGGUGGUUGCGAGCUAGCUAUGCUCUGCGACAUCAUAUAUGCUGGUGAGAAAGCAAAAUUUGGCCAGCCUGAGAUCAACAUAGGCACAAUCCCUGGUGCUGGCGGUACCCAGAGACUCCCUAGAUAUGUCGGCAAGUCAAAGGCAAUGGAGAUUGUCCUCACUGGCAACUUUAUUGAUGCCCACGAAGCUGAAAAAAUGGGUCUUGUCAGCAGAGUAUUCCCAGUUGAUAAACUAUUAGAAGAGACUAUCAAGUUAGCGGAGAGAAUAGGCACACACUCUCCCCUUAUCGUUAAACUGGCCAAACAAUCGGUUAACCAAGCAUAUGAGACUUCCUUGAGAGCAGGUCUCCAGUUUGAGAAAUCUGUUUUCUACGGCACCUUUGCUACGGAAGACCGAAAGGAGGGUAUGACUGCCUUUGUUGAGAAAAGAGCCCCAUCUUUCAAAAAUGAAUAAUACCGUUUACCGUCUUUUUGAAAAAAAUCUGUGUAUCAAUGUAAUAUUUAUUGCAUGAAUAUUACAUGAAUGAAAUCAAAAUAUUCUUUAAGAAAAUGUAUUAAUAUCAAGCAAUCAAGUGGAUAUAUAUUAAGUGUUAUAUACAAUUUUCUAGUGGGUUUAUAAAACCAAAACAAAAAGGUUUAUACAAAAUAUACGAAUUUUAUUUUUUU